AUGUCGCUUUCAAAACAGGACGCCGACCAUCUGCUCAACCUGCACUCGCGGGAACAGAUCGAUCGCAUUGAGAAAGAGAGCACUACGUGUGAGGUCUUUUUAGAUCACACAAACUUCUCGGUAUUCCUUGAGUUCAAGAACGACCAAGACCAACAGAUAGAACAGCUGGGGUGGAGAUUCGAAGAUGCCGAAAAUUAUGGACGGUUUGGUCCAACUGUUGUUACUGUCGCUGGGUCGUUCGAAACUAUCCAGACCGACAUCGAAGCGCAGAACAGAGCGAUUGAAGAGAUCCUCGGUUACAACAACAGUCAGCUCCCAGACACAUUUGUGGGCGUUCAAACUGUGAACAUACCUGGCAGUGCAAUGCUGAAGCCCGUUAUCUAUGAGCCUGAACUGGGUGUGGUGUAUCAGUAUUUCGAUUCAAACUCGCAACCAAUAGCCUUCAUCGAGGCGAGAUUCAGUCGCCAUGGCGACUAUUCCGCGGCUGGCAAAGUACUCCUCGGACCAAGGUUCCAAAUGCCUGAUGGAGAGCAUAUGAAUGAUAUCAUGAUGUGGCGUGGACUCCCCAACAACCAAGAAGGCACGGAACCAAUCGUAUUGCAGGCUCGCAAUAUGUACUACACCUCCGUCCUCCAUCAGAUGAAGCGCGUGCUUUCCGCUAAGGAGUGUCCUACUGCCGAUGAUGAAGUCAUUGACUAUCUCAACCGGGAGAUGUCGACAAACCCAAUCAUGGUGAUGGUAGCCGACAAGGACAAGAAGCGAACUGAUACAACGUUCCAGCACGGUGAUAUCAAGUUGUCAGACUUGAUGUUUCGGCUUGCCUACCCAGAAGGCUUGGUUGGAUGCGAUGAUUGCACGAAGCGCCUGUGUGGACACUGCAAGAAGCCAUGUGAGAGUGGAGACAAUGGCGUGUGGUGCAAGAGCUGCAAGACCCUCUACUGCAACCGGGAAUGUGCAAAUGCCGACUGA